AUGUUGGGUCAUCAAAGGGAUGCUUUAGAAUUGGCUGAAAAGUAUAGAGAUUUUACUUUCCUCGUUGUUUACUGCUACAAUAAACUUGAUAAACGACAAUGUGAGGAAGCAUUGAAUAGAUACAAAAAAGAAUACGAGAAUGAUAACUUUUACGAUUUUCUUUAUACUUGGUAUCAACAAAAAGGAAUGUUUAAUCAUCUUCUUGCUGAACCUGGGAAAAAAGCUAGUGAUUUUUUAGCAAAACGUCAAGAACUCAAUUGGAUAAGACAAGUUGAAGAAGGCCAAUUUACACAAGCAAAAAUAACAUUGAAAAAGAUGGCAAAUAAUGAGAAAGAUGAUAACAAAAAAUUGAUAGAAUUGUCGUUGUGUAAAUUCGCUGCUGUUUGUGAGGAACAAGAAAACUUGCCUGAAAUUGCUGAAUUAUCUAAACAGAUAAGUGAAUUACAUGAAAAACAAAGGAUGAAAGAAAUGAAUAGAGAGGGAAGUGAAAAUAUUGAAAUAGAGUAAAUGAAGGAAUUCAAUAUUAAAAUGACUUUCUUUAACU